AGGGAGCUUUCCUUUUUGACACUCCAUGUUACCCUAGGGCCUCCUGCUUCUUCAAGCUCGCCGUGCAGUCAGCGCAUUGUGGCAGCAACCUACACAUCUUCAGCCUCAUCCACUCUCGCGCUUGCCUCGCUCUGCUUCACAGGAAGUGGCUGCACACCACCAUCAGCUUCAGUAGGGACAGGACGCCUGCAACAGCUUCGUGGGCCUGUGUGUGUAUUCGUGUUUACUGUUUACACCUUUUCCUGUGAAUUCUUUUCGCUUCGGAAUAAACCAGCUUCUUUUGCUGUUUAGGCUUAUGCAGGGAGGGGCCUACGUGUGUGCUUAGUGGCUUUCACCUGGAUGUUGCAGUGUGGUGUGUGUGCGCUCUUUGACGGAGUCGGGCAACAGACUUUUUUCCCUGAGACGAAUGGAUGCCGAUUACUGUGUGUACCCCUGGUGCUUAUUGAAAAGGUGACAGAAGACGCAAACAAAGCAGAAAAAGGGACAAUGAGGAUUCCAGACGAGGAUUAGAGGUUUACUAAACAUUUCUUGCCACGUCCAUGGCGCCUCUUGAGGUUGCACUAAUGUUAUGACGAAUGCUGUGCUCGGAGUAAAUUCCUCGCUGGUCAUCACUACGAAGAAAAAAGAGGGAAAGAGUCCUGUAGCCGCCUCUGUGUUCCUGCCUCCACCCGCAGCCACUUCGCCUUCCAUCUGCAAGUGCUCACUUACCUGCAAGUGUGGGUCACGUGACAGCCGCAGGGGCUGCUGACCAGCAAGGACUCGGAAAGAGCCAAGUUCCACAACCUGUCUGAAGAUUACUUGCCCUUUGCCCUUUGUCCUUCGUGGGAUCACAUCAGAAGCGUGGGAAUACAAUUCAAAGGACCUCUAUCUUGUAACAAACUUUACUGUAAAAAUACAAUCGCCAGUUCUUCAGGGUCUAGUUCAGUGAUGACGUCACGGGAAACCAAUUCGCUUACGUCCAUUCAUCUACGGCAUCGUCAUGUCGUCAUGUGAGCUGCGAAACGGGCGUUGAUCAUCAUCAGGACACACGGCAAAGGCGUGCGUGACUCAGUUGCGCGCAUGAGCCAUGGAGAUGGUUACUUCAGAAGUCAGAAGUCAGUGAAGUUCGUCUCCUUGACAAAGUCUCGUGCUUGAAGUUCUCGUGAAAAUAUUUAUCCAGCUCGACUGUAAACAGAAAAACCGGAAAUAGUGGCUACAUUUUCUGGAAGGAGAACAUCAAUCAGUGUAAAGCCAACCCAAACAAACUAUGUAUCAGGCACAUAUAGACCACCAGGACCUUCAGCCACCAUCCCGUGGACAUUGCGUCUGACAGUCGCGUUGAUCGUUUCUCGGGUAUAAGGAGUACUGUCCUCUUCAUUAAUGGCCAGCGUGGCUUACAACUUCAUGGUAGCGGAUCCCAACUCGCAUUCGCGGCGAUACAACGAGCACAACUGUGGUCACGACCCCCGCCGCUCGAGCAGCGUGACCAUUGACCUGGUCAGUGACACAGGAACCGGAACUCACGUCGUUAAACGGAGAAAAAGCCGGAAAAAGUCCACCGCCAUCGUAGUUGUGAAAGAACGGAUUAAGGUGCUCGUGUGCGUUCAGUUCUUCAAGGUUGGUGAAAUCGACACACUCAAGGAGCAGUACACAGCUGACGUCAUAGUUCGGGCAAGAUGGCGGGAACCUUCUCUCGACGGACAGCUGUCGGAGACUUUGGACAAAGGAGAAGCGGAAUUAUACAGAAAUCCGAAAUUAGCUGAAUCCAUGGGCAGCAUAAAGCAAGGAGAUAUGCUGGAACCUGGGAAAUACUGGAAUCCGAAGCUAUACAUAGAAAAUGCGUACGGAGACCCCAAAGAGAACUUCCGGUACCGGGUCAUGUUCAACGAGAAGGGCGAAGCUUUCAUCUCCGAGAAGCGAACCAUCAAAGGGACUUUUAUGGAGAACCUGGAGCUGGAUGAUUUCCCCUUCGAUGUCCAGGACCUCACAGUGACCGUGGCCAGCGAGUUUCCGUCCACAGAAGUGGAGCUGAUUGAGGACUCGGACAACAGACACAUGGUCAAUAAGCAAAGCUUUGUUGACGAGCAAGAAUGGUAUUUGUACUGCCAUACACAAUGUACGAAGUGGGAGCUAAAAAUAGACCCCGUCGACGACGCUGCCAAGCGUUCGGCAAUUUCCGUGAAGUGUCGGGCAGCGAGGCGACCAGGCUACUUUGUGUGGAACAUAUUUAUUGUCACAUUUCUCAUAUGCAGCCUAUCGUUCGCGACCUUCUCCGUGGACAAAAGUCUGCCCCAGAAUCGCCUGCAGCUGGCCUUCACCUUGAUGCUGACCUCAGUGGCCUUUAAGUCGGUGGUCAACCAGAGUUUGCCUCGCAUCUCCUACCUCACCUACAUGGACAAGUACUUGCUGGCCUCCAUGAUUAUGAUGUCAGGAGUGUGCGCGUGGCACGCCGUCGUCAUAACCAUCCUCAACGACCGCGGUUUCGCCGACCACGUGGAGAGCAUUGUCCUUAUCGUCCUCGGCAUUGUCUAUGUCCUGUUCAACGUGGGCUUCAUCAUAAUCAUCUACCUUUUUCCAUGCAAGAAAAGAAGGACGAUGGCCGUGAGAGAUAGAGAACACAAGGAACAAGCCAGAAAGCUCCUGGAAUCGCCUUCAAAAAUCGGGAAGUCAAAAAGUGUCGCGAAAUCCAAGUACUGAAGAAACUAAACGCAUAAACAGUCUCUUUCUUUUCUUCUGAUGACUACAUCUGAUCGUCCGAUGCUGUCUCCAGAAGGUCCCGCCUCUUCUAAGAGCCAAGCCACCCCACGAUCACCAAUUGCGUCCUCUACACACCAACACAAACAAAGAAACUCUACGUUUUUUUCUCAGAAUAAACCUGGAAGGACAGCUUCAUAAGACCGAUGUUUAUCUAGAGAAUUUGUUGCAAAACAUGAUGAAGUAAAUAAACAUUCGUUUUGAAGUCAAAGCAAGCGACAUGUUUAAGGUUCGACUAGCCACAAAGUUCACUUACUAGGAGUAAAGUUAUCCCGAAGGUUUAUUUUGCUGAGCUUACCUUGAUGUCAGGUGUCGAUCUCAAGAACUGUGUCUCGAGCUGCAGUUUUGCGAAUGUGGUCGUGUUUUAGUCAGUAUGUAGUCAGUAUGUAUCAUCAACCAUCAGUCGUGGACCUCAACUUUCUGUCACUGUGUUAGUCUGACUAAGCGUAACCAAUUAAUUCUAUAAAAAAAAUAUGAACGAACGCUCUGCUGUCUGUAGAAUAUUUGGUAUUAUAUUCAAACUGAAUUCUCAGAAAUACAUUACAAUAGAAUGCUUAUUCUACGCCAACAGCUCAAAGUCAUGUUUCCAAACUGAAUAAGAGGAAGGAGCAUCUGAUGAAGGCAACUGUGACAGAUCAGCUUUCUGUAUUAGCUAUACAGUGACAACUUCAUUCUCUAGCAUCACAAAAGGGAUAAAGUAUGUUCCUACAACUUAAAGGUCUUUUAAAAAUCAGUGUGAUUGAGUGGAAACAGGGGGUUCUUGUGUAAACGAGCUUCAAUGUCACUGACUUUCAGAUCGUGGCCUUUGGACGCCCAAUGCAAGAAAGUCCUUCUUGAAGUUUCCCAUUUUAAAGAUAUCUCGUCAGGUCGUAUAUAUUAUAUGUCCCAAAGAAAGCUUACUGGAUUUGCAUAAUUAUUUAUCUAAAUAACCAGUUAUUUUUCACACUUACAGGAUUUUCAAUCACAAGACAAACAUGUUUUUCUGUUUCGAAAGAACAUUUAGGUUAACAGACGAAAUAAUGUCCUUUCUCUCAAUAUAGACCUGUAAAGAAAUGUCCAAAUGUGGAGUACAGCAGAAAUGGACUUGGAGCAUACUUUACUUACAAUUGUCACAUUUUCUAAACUCCUGGGAAAUUGAGUGGCAUUAGCACGAGGAUGCAAACAUAACACACACACUUUUGUUGCAAAUAACAGUGAAUCUUGCCUGUGAUGAAAAACAACCAAGAGAAGUAAGAGGAACAGUCAGUUUUUCCAAAGAAAAAUGUGCCGCUUGUGCGAUGUUUGGAAAAUGGAUGGAUGAAACAUGGAUGAAUAAUGGUGCAGUAAUGCUUACGGACUGUGAUCUGUGCCAGCUGAGAAAAAAAGCGUUAAAAUAUUUUGACAAGUUGCGAUCCCUGUCAAGGGACUUCCUGAUGUUUCUCGGUCUGAACAGUAGGCUGAUGCCGUCAGAAAUUUGACUAUUUCUUCCGCACUUCGUGAUAACAAACUUGUGUGAAACCGGUGUAAGAGUGUAUACUCUUAGAAAAAAACCUGGUGACUCAAAUGUACUGCAGUGGAAACGAUAAUGAUGCUGAUAAGCAGAAGAUGUACUAACUGUCGUUCAGUUCCCUGCCCCCAAAAAUGCGGUUCUUUGUUGACUUUUUUUCUUUUUAAUUUCGGCGGCACGAAGAACUCGAUGAUGAUGAGGGAGGUGAGCUUCUUGAUGCACAGACUCGUCUCCGAAGAAACUGAAGACCAUCGUGCUCGGAACGCAUUCAGUCACUUCUCUUAUUAAUAACUUUUAUUUUCACAGUCGGCGUGUGAAACUUGGUGAGGAUAUCUCCCCGUGACUACUCUCGUCAAGAGCUACGAGCGACAGACCGUGGAAGAAAAUUUUACCAGGGGACGCAACUCCGCAUCCUGUUUUUUGGGAUUGUCUCCCUUUGUAGACUCGACUGAAAUAAAAUAAUUAUCGCCACUGCUCGACACUUUCUUCACUGUGUGCACUGACCUAAAACCUUGGCAACAAGAAGCCUUGAUCACAGGACCAUUUCUGGAAGAGAAGCACGGUGUGAAAGCACAUCAAAGUCUACAAAGUCUUCAACAGGCGAACACUUUUCUCAUUCAUUCAAAUAAGCAAAUAAUGACUAACAACUUUGUUAUGAUGCGUUUCAUGUGUACAGUUUGAUUAAUACUGCAGAAGCUAUGAAUGCAAUAUUAUUCAUUCCCAGACUGCCUUAUUACCCAAAAUUUCAUUUCUCAUGAAAAAUGUGUUCGUUUGUUUAUUUUUACAUAUCAAAGCUUGAAGGUUUUUUUUUUUCUUUUUGUUGUUGUUUAUUUGUUUUAUCGAUUGAUUUUAUUUCGGAUUGUCUUGGUUCAUUUUGUUUAAUUCUCGUGUUUAAUUCAUCCUAAGCCACUUUUUAAGACUUCUUUACUGUGUUUUCAUGCAAUCAAUGAAAAAUGGUAGAUUUCACUUGUUAAACCCUUCGUGUAUUUGAUGUAAUUAGUGCAUUUGUUGUAUUUAAAUUUUUCUUUCUUUUUUCCUAAUUUUGUCGAUUGAAAGAACUGCAUAUCAUUGUGAUAACUGAUUACUUUCUAAAAUCUAUUUUACUCAUGUUUUCUCUAUGGACAUUAUGCAGUGUUUGGCUACUGCCGAACAAGAAAGAAGUUCAAAUUGUAACUAUCAAAUGUUUUGUGCAACUUGAGCUGUGUAUUAUAUUUACAUUAUAGGUUUUGAAAUGAGAAAUGGGGCGGUGGAGGGUACAGGGGAAAAUAUCUACACUGACAGGUAUCUACUUAAAGCAUUUCUCAACCAUUCUGUGCACAAUCGAGAAACAAAAGCAAUUUUUGAUCAGCACGUCAAUCACCAGUAAAGAAAUCUUUUUAAAGAUAUAAACCUAUAUAAACAGGUAUAUAUAAACAUAACAGGUAUGCACAUGAAUGGAUAGCUUGAACAAAACUUCAGUCCACUGAAAAUGGGGGUUUCCCACCGCACCAUUUAAACUCCUGGUUUGCAUAUGUUUUGUUUAAAGUACUUUUGGAACUAUUCAUUCAACGAUGUAUUGUCAGAAAGUACACAAAAAGAAUUAUUCCCUCGA